AUGAAUCCGAGUGCAGCCCAGGCACUCGCACUGGCGGCCCAGAAUGCUGCGGAACAAGCCCAGCAGUACGCGCAAAAGCUUUACCUGGCAGCUCAGCAAAUGAAGAUCGACGCGGACCUCCUGACAACGGAGCCGAGCAACGAAGAAGUCUCAGUGGCAGCCGACGAUGACUACUCUGAAGAUUCGUCCCUGGUGCAGCUGACACCACAACUCAGCCUUCAUGAAGUCAUCCCCCAAGAAGUUAUCCCUCAUCAAAUCAACCCUCAUGAAGUGAAUCCCGAGGACGAAAGACAAGGAUCACGUGUCUACAAAUGUCGCGCUGGGCAAAGAGCCUCCUCUACCUCUACCCGUACCGGCCCCGAUGCCUACUCCUCUACCUCUACCCGUACCGGCCCCGAUGCCUACUCUUCAGCCGCUUCCCGUACCGGCCCCGAUGCCUACUCUUCAGCCGCUUCCCGUACCGGCCCCGAUGCCUACUCUUCAGCCGCUUCCCGUACCGGCCCCGAUGCCUACUCUUCAGCCGCUUCCCGUACCGGCCCCGAUGCCUACUCUUCAACCGCUUCCCGUACCGGCACCGAUGCCUACAUCGCAGCCAAUGGAAGAUGA